UUUUCUUGGUUGUGAGAGAAUGCUCGAUACAGUUGCAAAGUGCUGAAUCUGAAUUGCAAGUGGGAAGUGCCUUUUGGAAAAUCCUUUUUAUCUCUUAAAAUUAGGAGAUUCUUUUUUUUAUUUUUUUUCAGAUAUUUUUCCUUGUUUAUCGCUUCAAUUGUACUAUUCUCUUUCUGUUCUUCGUCUUAGCUCAUUCUCUCUCUCUCUCUCUCUCUCUCUGAGCUACUAUUGUGACAGGUUAGGGUUUUUUUUUGUUUUUUUUGUUUCUGUGUUGGAAUGUAGCAUGCUGUUGUUUGAGAAUGGAUGAAGUGAUGGAGUUGAAGGAGACACAGCAAGAGCGUAACAGGAAUGACAACGAUGGUGGUGAUCGCUCAGUUGAAGUGGUUAAGUGGGAGAGGUUUCUGCCACGGAUGAUGCUGAGAGUGCUGCUUGUCGAAUCUGAUCAUUCUACUCGCCAGAUCAUCACUGCGCUUCUCAAGAAAUGCAGUUACAAAGUUACUGCAGUUCCUGAUGGAUUAAAGGCAUGGGAGAUGUUGAAGAGGAAGGGAUCUAACAUAGAUCUCAUAUUAACAGAAGUGGAGUUGCCGGCAAUAUCUGGAUUUGCACUUCUGUCUUUUAUCAUGGAGCAUGACAUUUGCAAAAACAUUCCCGUUAUUAUGAUGUCUUCUCACGAUUCGGUUAGCAUGGUGUUGAAAUGCAUGUUAAAAGGUGCAGCUGAUUUUCUUAUAAAACCUGUUCGGAGGAAUGAGCUUAGGAACUUGUGGCAUCAUGUUUGGAGAAAGCAUGGUAUUAGAGGGCUUUCUCAAAAUACACUAUUUCCACAAAAAAAACUUAAAUCUGCCACAGAAGACAAUUCUGCAAUCAAUCAAUCUAGUGGUUCUGCGGCUUCCUCACAGAAAAAUAAUGAAUGCAUCGAGAAGUUGAGCGAGGCUCAAAGCACCUGUACAUCGCCAUUUUUGGAAGCUGAGAGUGCAAGCAUGGAGAAUAUGCAGGAUGCAUCCCUGCUGAAGAGCUCUUCGAUAUUGAGCAACAUUGAUAUGAUGAUGCAUGAAGAAUUUACCAAUUUUGAAAGUGAAUCAACUAGGCAUAAUGAGAAAUCAAUUGCAUUUGCAUCUGAGGCUGAAAGGUGCAACAAAACUUUUAAAUUAACAGAUUUAUGGCUAGAACAAGAUCAUGGCUGUGCUGAAUCCGAAAGAAAAGAUGAAAUUUUAACAGAUGAGUUAAACAGAGACAAUCCUAAUAUGAAUACCGAGGCACAUGGAUGCAGUGAUGAACGGGUAAAACCUUCUAGAGCAGCUAACUUGAUUGCCACAUUUGAGAAUCUUCCAAAGCACACUAAUGAAAAGUGUAGUCUCGACCGUGGUAGCACAACCAAGUUUGAUUUUGAUACACAAUUGGGACUUUCUUUAAGAAGGGAUUGUCCUGGCAGCUCAUGUAAACAAGCAAGUGAAGCAACUGAGGAGUGCCAAAGAUUGAACCAUUCAAAUACUUCUGCCUUUUCUUGGUAUAGUGGUUGUAAGUUGUUUAAGCCCCUUUUUCCAACUCCACCAAUUACAUCUGCCAAAGUAAACAACACCAAUUGGGAUUCUCAAGAAUACCAUAAAUUACCUGAAAUUACUGCUGGUAAUUGUUGUCAGUAUGGUGGCUCAAAUCAAAAGCAGGAAAAUAUGACCACUACAGUCCUUGGUCGGUGUGGACAAGUUACACCAAAUAUAUCUCACAGACAAUAUGGACCCUUACCUGUUAUUGGAGUUACUUCCAAUCUUAAGCCUAAGGGACAUAUUAAAGUUUUUACUUCUGUGUUCUGUGAACAAUCUGGUGUUCAUCCCAUAUGGAAUCAAAAACCAGUGUGCCAGAAAGAGAGUUCUCCCUUUCCCACAAGUACAUCCUCCCAUUCCAAUCCUGAAAGUCACAACUCAGACCAACAUCAUCACUGGUCCGAUGAUGCUACCUGUACCUCACUUAAACAAAAUUUAAAUGAUAAAAGCAAUUUGGAUCAUGUAAGGCAUGAUUCUCCUGCUGCUGGUCAGAAUGCUGAUACUAGUUUAUGCCAUGAUGCUGCAAAUCUUAUUAAUAGUAUUGCAUAUGGAAGCAUAGGCAGUGGAAAUGACGGAAAUGCUACUUCACCUAUGGUAGCCAUGAACGACCCUGAAAAUUUUAGUGAUAGUGGUUGCCAUUAUUAUGAUGGAUUUAGAUUGACAAAUUCUCGUUGCUCCAGUCAUAGAGAUGCAGCUCUAACAAAGUUUCGACUGAAGCGGAAAGGGAGAUGCUACGAGAAAAAGGUUCGAUAUCAAAGCAGGAAAAGACUGGCAGAGCAGCGCCCUCGGGUGAAAGGGCAGUUUGUACGCCAAGUAUACAAUGAUCAUCCAGUCCCUUUUGCUGGUGGUGAUUCCUGAAGUUUGUUAAGUUACCUGUAGUAUUAAAUUACAGCUGACUUUAAAACUGAUUUGCGUUAACAAGGAUUAGCAUUUAGCUGUAGGGUGUUGUGUGUCUGGUGGAAUCUGUUUUUCUUGAAGCAUUGGGCAAGAGAGUAGGCCAGUAAGGAGAUAACUAAAGGGUAGUGUUAAGCACUCCUUGUGUUUUCUUCUUUUUGUUUUGACUGUCGCUUACUAAUUUAGGGUUGUAGUAAUUUAUAGUGGGAUUGCUCUGAAGUUUUGGUUUUACUUUUACCUGUGUAUAUAUGUCUUAUUGGUUGAAUGCUAAUAUGGGCGUAUAUAGGCUGUAAGUUUCAGUUUGAGAAUAUCCCGUUAAGCACCUCUUGUUUUGCAAUCGAACGAUCUUUCUUUGCAUUCGAUCCUU